AUGACGUCGUCUGGCAACAGCAGAUCAUCGUCGUCAUGGUUGCAGAAAUUGGUGCAUGUCGCAUUCCUGUUGCUUGCCUGCAGUACCCUCCCUCUAAAUGCGAAAGCAAUCACAACCUUGGAAGAGCCUUGUUUGGCCGUCGUCAAGGACAUUUACGACAACGAUGAUGAUGAUGAUAGUAGUAGUAGUAGUAGGUUAGAACAAAAGGAACUAAUGUGUCAGACACCCUCUGGAAUGUUGUACAAAGUCCCAUCGGUGGACGUAGAUUGGAUUGAACAAAACAUGCUUUCGGGAGCCUUGAAAAGUGGUUCCACCAUGCUCAACAUUUCCAGUUCUACGUUGAUGGAUCCUGAAACGGCAACCUUGCAACUUGUCGAUCCACCCGAAUUCAUUAAUGACGAUAAUGCUAGCGACAAUGACGAUAACAACAGUGAAAGAAGACAUCGCAACCUCAUGGGCAAAACAGGUUCCAAAACUGUCUUGGCAGUCCGAGUGAUUGCAGCCAAUAGUGCCUUUUCCCGUACAGAAGACCAACUGAGUUGGAGUGUCUUUGGGGGUCCCGGGGAUGCCGUCAAUCUAAAGUCUCAAUAUGCUGCAUGUUCUCACGGAAAGCUCAACUUUAACAAGCGCCCUAAUAAAAAUGGUCGUUCGACUAACAUUCGAAAUGGUGUCGUGACGAUUCGAUUGAGUGUUCCCGUCAGUGUGGGACAUUCCGCCAUGGUCAAUGCGGUUUCCACAGCAUUGAGAAAUGAGUUUGGCAUGACGCGGAAAAACAUUGCGGACCAUGUCAUGUACUGCUUGCCACCCGGUACCUUUGGUGGUGUCGGUUACGCCUAUGUCAAUGAGGGAUUGUCCAUUUUCAAUGAUGUUUGGUGCACCUCGGUGACCUCCCAAUUGCACGAAGUUGGACACAACUUGGGAUUGGGACAUUCGAGUGCCAAUGGUGAUCCCUAUGGAGAUCUAAGUGGAGUCAUGGGUCGCAAUCGACAAAUGUCAGAGGCUCCUCGCAUGUGUUUCAACGCUGCUAAAAGCUUUGAACUGGGAUGGUAUAGCGACAAGUCUGUUUCUUUGAAUCCAACCCAUAGCAGUUUCCGUGAUGAUCAAGUCAUUGCGAUUUCCAACAUUGUGGACUAUCGCUCCACGAGAGACCUCGUCUUGGUGGAAAUUGUCCAACCAUCGGUCCAAAUCAACUAUGUCUUUGGCUUCAAUGCCGCCAAGGGAUUCAAUGCGGGAGUGAUGAAUGGACAGAAUCAAGUCAUUGUCUACGAAAGGGCAGCCGAGAUUGGAAAUGCCUCGAAACGAAUUGCUGAUCUAUCCUCGGGACAGGCCGUUACCAUUAGCAAUUUCAACCGGGUUCCAGGAGAUAUCCUGACCAUCAUGGUUCUGGGUGUCAAUUUGGCGGCAGGCACGGCCACCGUCCGCAUUCAGCUGGAUCGAAGGAUCAAACGCAACACUCCCAGACCCACGAGGCCACCGACUCGUCCACCCACACGAAUGCCAACCGCACGACCGACCCCUCGGCCCACGCAAAGGCCCACACCACCACCCACUCGCAUGCCAACCCCAAUGCCCACACCACGACCGACUCCAGGACCAACACUUCCGCCCACUCCUGGGCCAACGGCACUUCCCACACCGCCACCAACUCCCGGACCCACCCCACGGCCCACUCUUCCUCGCACACCACCCCCCACGUUUGCUCCCACUGGGCAGUAUGACCGAAAGGAACGCUCCGUUUCGGGUGCGCUCAAGGAAGACCAGUUCAAAUUGGCUCGUCAACGAGGUGGAAAUCGUCUCAAAGAUUUGCAAUUGAUUUAUGGGUUCAACCGUGGUGGGAACAAUCGGCAAUUAUUGGAAGACAUGGAGGAAGAGCAUCCGUUAGAGAGAUGA